AUGUUGAAAAUUACAGCUUUUUUGGCGCUUGCUUUUAUUGAAAACUUAAAAAAAAAGUUUCAAUUACUUAUUUCCACCUUCCCAGUGAGCUGCGCGUGGUCAUCGGGCCUGUCGUGCGGCUCGUGCGGGCCGGAGUGCGCGCCGGCGUGCGGCACGCGCCGCUUCAGAGCGUGCUGUUUCAACUACCUCAGGAGGAAGAGGACUGAUGGUCUGAAGAUCCAUUUACUUGAAGACGAUUUUACACAAAACCUUCCUUUACACCACAUCAGCAAAACCCCUUCGGAAGAACAAUGGCUGUUCAGCGUCCUGGCAAACGAAAACCAUCCUUAUAACUUCGAAAAUAAGGCUGAAAACCAUCUGGAAGAAUAUUGAAGAUUUGUGUCGGCGAAUUAUUAAUUUGAUAUGUAUA